AUGCCGCCAGGUAGACUAUUACGCCCACCGCCGCGGCAGACAACGCCAGCAGGACAGCCGUCGUUCCCGUCGUCUCAAUCAUCGGACUGGACAGCUGCCCCGCCGUCCCCGCCCAGACGCGUCCCACCUGUUCCCGCCAGACCAGGCGCGCCACCGCUCGACAGUGGAAUGAACGCGACGUCUCGCCGCCCGGGCCUCUUGCCGGCUGGCAGCGGCUCGUCCGGCCUGUCGUCGUACCUCGGCUCGACAUCUGCCUUUGCGUCCAAGGCGAAAUCGGCCUUCUUCUCGGCCAGCUCGUAUGUUGCGACCACCGCUAGCACCGUCGCGGCCGUCGCGUCGGCGCAGACGUCGGGCGAGCGCCGCACAGCAUGGGAGGACUGGGCGAGAGAUUGGAGAGACGGCAAACGUGCUUCCAUCAGCGGAAAGGAGACGAUUCAUGUCCUCCCCGGUUGGGCGGCCAAGAAGCCUCGCAAGGAUGACCCUAAAGCCUUUGACCUCAGCGUCUCGACGGUCGGGUACUGCACCUUUGUGAGGGAUCCCAAGAGCGCUUCGCGGACACAGCGGGCGCUCAUGGGCAUUGCCAAACGUUUCGCUGCACUGCCUGCUGUGCCUCUGGACAUUCCAGCGAACCCGGUUAUUGACACCAAGCUGUCCUCGUCGCCGGACAAGGAGUCGGCGUUGAUCGACUUUGGUGACGAAGCCCCAGCACCACCACCGGCACCGGCACCUCCACGCAGAUCCUCGACCAGCCCAUCACUCCUAGCGUCAUCGCCGCCGCGUAGAACUCUGACGCAGACGGACAUUGUGUUCCAGGACCCGUCGCUGCUCACGUUGGCGCACGAGUACAUGGAUUCGCGCCUUCGCCCCUUCUGGUCCAGCGUUCUCGCCUUCCGUCGGAUCGCCCUGGCGAUCUACACGGUGCCCCUCGAGUCUGGCAAGCCGCCGCCCACCCCCGAUGCCGAACUGUUCGCUCAAGAACCACUGCUGCGCACGACGUUUACUACGAACGCCCAGGGCCACUUCUCGCAGCACUUCACCAUUCCUUGGGAGCGCAUUGCCUCCCAUACGCAAUCCGUGCCCAUGGCGUUCGACGAGUCGACGCACCACCUCGCCGACUGGGGACUCGUCAUUCGCGCAGAGCUGCUGUCGGAUGAUGUCGCUGCGAGGCUGCCAUCUGCGCCGGCCACCCAGCCCGCAGACGUCAUCCCAGGUGGCACGCUGCCAUACACCCCCAGGUCGCGUGGUGCCACACCUGGGGUUACUUCUGCCCCAGGCGAAGUCAGCGACGCCGGUGUGCUUGGGCUCGGGACAAGCGCCGUCGAGGCCACUGCAGUUCUCCGCAUCUCGCGCCCGGGUGGUAUUCGCAUCAUUUCUGAUAUUGAUGACACGGUCAAGCACAGCGAUAUUCUCAGUGGGGCCCGUGAGGUCUUCAGGAAUGUGUUCUGUCGCAAGCUCGAAGACAUUUGUGUCCCGGGAAUCAACACAUUGUACAAGGAGCUCAUAUCCGUCGGAGCCUCUGGUAUCCACUUUGUGUCCAACUCUCCGUUCGAGCUCUUCCCCGUCAUUACAGAAUUCUUCCAGCUGCACACGUUCCCGACCUACUACUCGCUCAAGCUCAAGUACUAUGGCGGCCGGUCGAUUGUGACCAGCCUGUUUGAGCCUGCCGGUCAGCGCAAGCGCCCUGGCAUUGUGGAGAUCAUGGACGAGUUCAAGGACAGCAAGUUUAUCUUGAUUGGGGAUUCUGGAGAGCAAGAUCUCGAAGUCUACACCUCGCUAGCGCGGGAGCGACCCGACCAAGUGACGGCCAUCUUCAUCCGUGACGUCACUAGUGGUCGAGUUGGGGAGUUUGUCAAGAACGGAGUUUACGACGCUACGCCAAGAAUGUCGCAGCUCAACCUGAACGACACCGCCUCCGAGGUCGAGCGUAGCUUGGCGUCUGAACCCUCUGCCCCACAGAGCGGCACAUCGACACCAACAACUCAAGGCUCUCAAAUCAGUGUCGACGAGAUUAAUAGGACUGUCGAAGAACUGGAGACGCUGACUGCGGCUCAGCAGAAGGUGCUUAGGCAGGCUGCCGACUGGGAGACGCGUCUUGCACGUGCAGAGGCCGAACUGCCCACUAGCACCCCGCUGGUGAUCUUUAAGAGUGUAGACGAAAUUGAAAGUCUCGCGCGCGAGCUCGUUUACGCUGAGGCCGUCAAGGCGAAGCAAUAGAUUGUAUAUAAAUAUGUAGUUUGUUUGUAAUUGCAGUAAUAGAGCAGCAUGUGGUGUUUAUAGCCC